GGAAACAAGAAUCCCACAAAUCAAGUUCCGUUUACUGAUUUUCUCAACCCACUUCACACCAUCCUCCCUUCCCUCUUUAUCUUCAAAACAAGCUCUAAAACAGAGCAACAUCUUAGAGAGAGAAAACUCACAAAACCCAACAAUGGCGGAAACUCAACAUUUCUCUUCUUCAUCCUUCUCAAACUUCUCUUCUUACUUCAAAGCCUUGAGUCAAACUCCUAAACGAUUAGCCAAACGAGCGAUCUCUGUUUCCACUCCUUUUGAGGAGAUUAAUCAAGUUAGGGCUCGUUCUGGUUCCGACAUGCGUAAAUCUCUCCGUUGGUACGAUCUCAUAAGUCUUGGCGUCGGCGGUAUGGUUGGCGCUGGAAUCUUCGUUACCGCUGGUAAAGCCUCUCAUGAUUACGCUGGUCCCGCCGUCGUUCUCUCCUACGUCAUUGCUGGUAUUUGCGCGCUACUUUCUGCUUUUUGCUACACUGAGUUCGCUGUUGAUAUCCCUCUAGCUGGCGGCGCCUUCACGUACCUCCGAGUCACCUUCGGGGAAUUUGCUGCAUUUUUAACGGGAGCAAAUUUGGUGUUAGAUUACGUUCUAUCAAAUGCAGCAGUUGCUAGAAGUUUCACCGCUUAUUUUGGAACUGCAAUCGGAAUAUCCACAACAAAAUGGCGAUUUUCAGUCUCUUUCCUCCCAAAAGGUUUCAAUCAAAUCGACGUCAUUGCUGUCCUCGUCAUACUCAUCAUUACUUUCAUUAUCUGUUACAGCACAAGAGAGAGUUCGGCGGUAAACAUGCUCCUCACGGCUGCGCAUUUGAUGUUCAUUGGAUUCAUAAUUGCUAUGGGAUUUAGUAAAGGAGAUGUGAAGAAUUUUACGACUCCCCAGAAUCCGAAUAAUGCGGGUGGGUUUUUACCCAACGGGUUCACCGGAGUGUUUAACGGAGCGGCUCUGGUUUACUUAAGUUACAUUGGGUAUGACGCUGUUUCAACCAUGGCUGAAGAGGUUCAUAACCCUAUUAAAGAUAUUCCUAUUGGUGUUUCUGGUUCCGUUGUUGUCGUCACUAUCCUCUACUGCUUGAUGUCUACUUCCAUGUCCAUGCUCCUUCCAUACGACGCAAUAGACCCAGAAGCAGCAUUUACAGGAGCAUUCAAUGGAGAAAAAGGAUGGGAAUGGGUGUCGAAUGUGAUAGGAGGUGGGGCCAGCUUUGGGAUAUUGACAUCACUAAUGGUGGCGAUGUUGGGUCAAGCUCGUUACAUGUGUGUCAUCGGACGGUCAAAUGUUGUUCCAGCUUGGUUUGCUCGGAUCCACCCUAAGACAUCUACGCCCGUCAACGCUUCCGCUUUUCUCGGAGUUGUGACAGCAGCCAUUGCUCUGUUCACUGAUCUUGAAAUCCUCCUCAACUUAGUAUCAAUUGGUACACUUUUCGUAUUCUACAUGGUCGCGAAUGCUGUAGUUUAUCGACGAUAUGUAUCCAUCGGAACAUCUAAUCCAUGGCCAACAUUGUCGUUCCUCUGCUCAUUCUCCGUCACAUCUAUAAUGUUUACACUAAUCUGGCAUCUACUACCACCUAGUAAACUUAAAGACAUCAUGCUUGGGCUAUUCGCCAUCAUUGCCAUUGCUCUAUUGUACCUAUUCCAGUAUCUCGUCCCUCAGGCACGCAAACCUGAGUUUUGGGGUGUUCCAUUUAUGCCGUGGCUACCAUCUAUGUCCAUAUUCCUUAACAUUUUCUUGUUAGCUUCUCUUGAUGGACCGUCCUAUGUGCGCUUUGGAUUUUUUUCUCUUCUUGCUAUUGCUCUAUAUGUAUUCUAUAGUGUCCAUGCUAGUUUCGAUGCAGAAUCAAAUGGGACAUUUAGCUCAAAGAAUGAGAUGAAAGCUCCCGUAUAGCACCUCUUAAGAGUCUACAAGUUUAUCCUACAUUCCUUGUAUAAAGCUCUAGUUAAAGUCAGACACAUGUGGGAAUUUUUGCUAUAAUAUCUUAUGUAAAGAAUGAUCUUGGGAAAAUUAGUAUUGCUAGAUCCAUGAUCCUAAUUUAUAAAAUUUUGCUACUUCUAUU